AUGAUAACAAUACAAUAUUUUUUAAUAUUUUCUUAAAUAAUAAAAAAUGGAAAUUGAGAAAGGGACUUUUAUAAGAGAUUACGAUAUUACAGCUAUUUCAGAAACUUUAAAUUUAUAUCAGAAAAUUGAGGGAGAUGUAAGUUGUGUUGUUUGGGAUGCAUCAAUAGUAUUAGCAAAAUAUUUGGAGAAAAGAAAUUCGGAAAAAAAAGACUUCUUGAAUGGAAACAAAGUGGUUGAAUUAGGAGCUGGUUUGGGAUGUGUAGGACUCACAGCAGCUUGUUUAGGGGCACAAGUUAUUUCAACAGAUUUGCCGGAAUGCAUUCCUCUAUUAAAUUUAAAUAUCAGUAAGAAUGAGCAAGUCUGGUCUAAAUAUGGGCAAAUCAAAUCUUCACCUCUCAAAUGGGGUGAAAGUAACGACUUGAAUAUAAUUCCAGAUAAAAUACUUUUAGCCGAUUGCGUUUAUUAUGAAGAGUCCAUCCAACCUUUGAUUGAAACUUUGGUUGAACUAACAGGUCCUGAAACAGAAAUAUUCCUUUGCCAAGAAAUGAGGGAAUCUGAGAAUCAACAGAAAUAUUGGAAAAUCUUCAUGACUAAUCUGGAGAAGCAUUUCAAAAUGAGACAUGUCCCGCCCACUGAACAAGAUGAGGAUUUUUUCAGCUUGGACAUUGUUCUUUAUAAGUUAGAGAAGCGACGGUGACUCGAUUCGAUUCUUUAAAAAAAAAGUACAUAUCACUUUUUAACUAUUAUUCAUAUGAGUAAUGAAGAAAUUAUUGGAAGAGAAAAUAAGUGGACCAAUAUAGAAAUAUAUAAUAUAUUUUCAUUAAUAAGUAUAAUUUGUUAUAAAGUUUCUAUAAAAAUUUAAUACAUAUUAAUUACUUUAUUAUCGUCUA